GUUCAAACGCCCUCAGACACAGACGCAACCAACCAUCCCCCACCCACCACCACUCUCCCACUCAUCUCUUUCUACCUAGUCUACGGACUCAGGGCAAGGGCGCCAGCAGCAGCCGUUGUUGCAAUGGGUGCCUGCCGAGGUCUGCCGAUCCAGCCCUCAUCUGAAUAGACAUACAGAAAUGGGAAGAUGAGACGCCAAAUCAACUGCACAUCAUGAGCCUGUGCCGUGCACGACCCACCCCCAUAGACCUCCUGUGCUCCCUUGGCCGCCACCGUCUUGGCCGCCAGUAGGGGCAGUACCGCUCCCCACCUGCCAGCCUGCAGCUGCUGACGUUGGCAGCGCUCCCCGACGCCCACGCGCUCCGCGCCCAUGGCUGCGCGGGGCCUGGAAGGGGCAUGGUGGUGUGAGGUGGCGAGGGCCGCUGGCUCCUGAGCUGCCGUCGGUGGGUUGGGGCAGGCCGCCGCUGAGCGCCAGUUUGGCUGCGUCGAUGGCCGCCCUGAGCUCUUUGAUGUGCGUCCUGAGCUGUUGCAGCUGAAGGGCUUGUUCGGCCAGCUUGGCAGCAACCAUCUCGAGGCUGCACGCACCACCACAUGAGACUGAAGGCACAUAGGCACCAAUAACACAUGAGUGCAUGACAAUACUCCCCGGCCCUCUCUCUCUCCCCGCUGCUCACAUGUCUGUGUCUGGGUGCUGAGGCUGAUCUCGCCCCUCACGCCAGAAGCAAGCGUCAGUGACGCGUACAAAGGCAGAGAGGCCGGCGCUGGCACCAGAGAGAUGCCUUCUGCUCGUCAUUCACGACCUGUCGUCAGUUGUGUCCAAUCGGCAUAAAGUCUUUGUUUCUCAAUGUAGUAAGCCACAUGUGGAAAAGGCAGCAAAGUAGACGGAAGAAAGCAGCACACUGCCCACCAUCCCACCCACCCAAAAGGGGGAGCUCCGCAAGCGACAGCUUGCGGCAAAGAGAGAGGGCAGAUGAGGGACGGCCUGUCGGGGUGAAGCCGAAAGGAUUGGCGUGUUGAGGCUCGUUUGGUUAGUGAUAGAGACUCGUUGCGGACGAGGGGACAGCUACGGGCGGGCGAAGGAGAGGCGGGAAGACGAACACACGACGACGGAAACCCGGGGAGGCAUCCAAGCAGCUCGUUGAGAUCCGGCUAAGAGAUAGCAGGCCGCUCGACCCCCAGCCCCCCUUCUCUUGGCUGCCGUGACCGGGUAGACUUACACACGGCCCGUCACGAUAGUGGACCCAGGUCCUACCACGAUGUGAUAGUCGGGUGCCGAACUCUCGUAGCGCGUCAGACGCCGCCUGAAGUCGCGCCAGUAGAAGACUUCUGCCGAAAGGAAGGCGUAGCUGGAGUCAUCUCGCUCAUCCACCGCACAUGUACCCAAAAGAAAAGAACAACUCGCCCGCAUCGAGGAGGCCGACCACAAGGCCUGAACCAGCGCCACCACAGGGAAGCAGCCGAAGAAGAAGAGCGGGAUAGCCAGAAAACCUCCAGGACGCGGGCAGUUCCACGGCAAGAAGGCAGAGGGCAGCCGUCGAGGGGUCAUCCGCUGCAAUAGGCCAGCACGCGCGACGCUGGACUCGCGGCUGAUCUCCUCCAGCAUCAUCACACGCCGGCGGCCGGCAGCAGCAUCGCCAUGACGCAGACAGUUCGUAUAUAACUUCUCCUCUGACCUAUGUACAUGGGAGGGGCAGCGAUACAGACGCAGGGGGAGUCACAGGCACCUCACAAAAAAAAGGAAAACGACUGCCAUGGUGCGCCGAACGAACGAACGAACGAACGAACGAACGGACGGCUGCACUCCACGGGGGCACGGGAGGGAGGAUGGACGGUGGGGAGGGGAUG